UCUCUCUCUCUCUCUCUCUCUGUCCACCGUCCCUCUCUCUUUCCCUCAAAACCUCCGAUCGCAAUACUCUCUCUCCACCGUCCCUCUCUCUUUUCCUCUGUAUUUGAGGAUCCCGAUUUUUUUCUUUAUUCCAAUCCAGAAAAAACCCUAAUUUUUUUCUUCGCCAGAAAUCUCCGAGGACACUGAAAUGGAACUUUCUGAAGAAACCGAGAAUUAUAUACGAGAAUCGAUAGAUGAUAGUUUGGGCCUCGAGGUUUCCACAGACACUCUUCUUCGAAAACUUCGAGCGGUCGAGACUUCUAAUCUGCACCUACACCGCCAAUACCUGUCCUUGCACUCCAAACUUAAAGAGAAAGAUGAAAUCAUCGAGCGUUCUAGGGCGGAGGCCAGUAUGAAUGCAAUGGCGUUGAAGAAAUUCGUGGAGGAAAAUCAGAAACUGGCCACUGAGUGCUCUAAUUUGUUGGCUGCGUGCAGCAAUUGGGAGAGAGAGUGCUCCCUUUACGACCAAGAUCGUGAGGCUCUGAUGGAUUUUGCUAAUGAGGCGGAUGAGAGGGCUAAGGAAGCUGAAGUUAGGAAUCGUGCUCUGGAGGAGGAGAGGAAGAGAUUGGUGGAGGAGCUGAGUUUCUAUAAGUUCCAAUCUGAGGGGCAGUCGGUUAAUGUGUGUGCUGAUGAGCUGAAUGUGGAACAAGUUUUACUUGAUUCAUUGUUAACUACUUUGUUCGAGAAGGAUGACACUAUCCCGGCUGCACAUACCUUUUUGGAGGCACACAGUGGAUUGGAUGUUUGCCAGCAGCUACUGAAAAUGUGGAAUAGCUUGAGGCCUUUAAACCAGAAGGUGGUAGCUCUUGCAGCACAAGCGAAACGCUUGGAAAAAGAUAAAGACCAUUUGACAACAAAUCUGCUUAGAGCUGAGGAGGAGGUGAAUGCUCUGUUUGAAGAGAACAGCAUGCUUGAUAAGGAGAACAAAAAGUUGAUGAGGCAAUGCUAUAGGGAAAAGCACGGUUGUGGCUCGGGUGGAGGCAGUGUUUCGGGAAAGGGGAAGAGAAAAUCAAGCCCUAGGACGUGCAGCCCAGUAGAGAAGAAGAUCGACUUUGGAGAUAUGAACACGCUAAGAGAGCCUCUUUCACCAUUACAAUACAACUCGCCUGAGAGUAGAAUACACAAGAAAUAGGAUUUAAUCAUUUGAAUAUGCAUCUCGAAUAUUUUCUAUAUUUUGUGUUUGUUCGGAUGAUGAAUGGUACUACCUCCUAUUCUUUUUAAAUGUCAUUUUGGCUUUA